AUGAAAUGUUGUCAGCUCGCAACAAAAGGUUUGCUUCAAGGAUCUGCUGAUCCAAAAUGUUUUGGAAAGACUGACUAUGUCCUCUAUGGCAAUGUCCAAUGUUUGAAUCCGACGUUGGAGGAAGUAGUUCCUGGUGAAAUAAAGGAUUCUCUGGAAAAGCUGGAAGGAAUUCAAGACGCCGAGGAAUUUAAAUCAGAGGCAUCGUUCAACAGAGACUUCCGAUUUAGCCAUGGUUAGACGAAGCCGUUCGUGACCAUAGCAAGCAUUGCCUGCAAUUAUUUAAUUUCUCUACCACGGUCCUGAAUUAGUUUAUUGAUGGACUAAAAACGUGUGGUGUCCUUGAUUUAGUAAGAAGCAACCCAGAGCAGUUCACAGCAGUCUUCCAGUACGGCACUAAAGCGUUUUUAACAGCUGGUUUGCUUGACGACAUUUUCCAUCCAUUGUUCAGCCCAGAGGGAAGCAACAGACGUUUUAAAUUAAAGAAGAACG